AGCACAUGGCUGCCACAACGAGGAUUUCACCCUGUUCAUUAUCAUUUUGCAGUUGAAAUAAAGUUUAGAGGGUAAUUAAAAAUGUCAUUGGCUUUUGGAAUGUGCGAGACACCGGGGUGCAAGGCUGUUGCAAGCCUCCAGUGUCCAACUUGCCUGAAAAUUGGCAUUCAGGGCUCUUAUUUCUGCAGUCAAGACUGCUUCAAAGGAAGUUGGAAGACCCACAAAGUUAUUCACGACAUUGCAAAGGGAGACAGCGGGAAGCAAUCAGUAUCCGGGGAAUACAAUCCCUGGCCAUCCUACCACUACACCGGGAAAUUGCGUCCUUACCCAAAGCCAGCUCGGCGUGAAGUGCCAAAAGAAAUAAUGCGUCCCGAUUACGCUGAUCAUCCAGAGGGUCUUCCUCUGAGUGAGCAGGCUGUGCGGGGUUCAGCCCAGAUAAAAAUUCUCGAUGAGGAGGAGAUCGAGGGGAUGAGGAUUGCGUGCAAAUUGGGACGAGAAGUGCUGGACGAAGCAGCUAAGGCCUGCAAUGUUGGUGUAACGACAGCUGAACUCGAUAGAAUCGUUCACGAGGCCUGUCUCGAGAGGGACUGCUAUCCAUCGCCUCUUAAUUAUCAUCAAUUCCCAGCCAGUUGUUGCACAUCUGUUAAUGAAGUCAUCUGCCAUGGAAUACCUGAUAACAGGCCAUUGGAGGAUGGCGAUCUUUGCAAUGUGGAUGUGACAGUGUACCACAACGGUUUCCAUGGUGACUUGAACGAGACAUUUUUCGUUGGUAAUGUUAAACCGGAAAUAAAGAAACUAGUCCAAGUGACGUAUGAGUGUCUCUCAAAGGCCAUCGACAUCGUCAGACCGGGGGAGAAGUACAAGGAAAUAGGAAAUAUCAUUCAGAAGCACGCACAGGCUCAUGGCUUCAGUGUUGUCAGGAGUUAUUGCGGGCAUGGGAUACACAGACUGUUUCACACAGCACCCAGUGUUCCUCAUUAUGCCAAAAAUAAAGCAGUCGGCGUAAUGAAACCAGGCCAUUGCUUUACAAUUGAGCCAAUGAUAUCGCAGGGUACAUGGAAGGACGAAAUGUGGCCAGAUAAUUGGACAGCAGUGACAGCUGAUGGUCAAUGGUCAGCCCAAUUUGAGCAAACUCUUCUCGUCACCGAGACUGGUUGUGACAUUCUCACAAAAAGACGCACCAAUGAUGGCCGCCCCUGGUUCAUGGAUCGUUUCUAGUAAUCAUGAAGAAAGAGAAAUAUUUUCCAAGAUUUACAAGUCCAUUGAGAAGGCUCGGGAGUAAAAAGAAAUCAGACAAGUGCAUUGAAAACUUCUCAGCCACAAAUUCUCAGCAAAAGCUGGAUUGAAAUGUCUGAGAGAUGGCUGGAAAAAUUCGUUCCUUUUAUUUCUUCAGUUUUCAUGGCCCAAACGUUUUCCUGCAUUUCAGUUUUUUUUCACUCCCGAGGAUUUUAAUAGUGUGAAUCGUCCAGGACGUGAUUAAUACACGAUAAUUGAAUUUAAAAGACUCUCAUGAGAUUUAUUUUAAAAAAAUCUCAUUAAAUCUUCAAAUCGAAGAGAAUUAGCCAGACCUUCAUCGACUUCUGUGCGUGUUUUCGUACUGAUCUAGGAUAACUCUGACCUGAUGGAAUAAACUUUGAACAUUUCAUCCACUCGUUACUGAAUUCAUAAGCCCCAUAUAUCUUUGGAAAUUCUUAUAUUAUCAUGUGGAAAAAGGUAGUGGGGAUCACAUUUUUGGUAAUCUUUAAAAUUUGAUAAAUGAUAUACGCAAUAAUUAAAUUUAUAGGGUGAUUACUCUAAAAUUUUGUACGCUGGACGAUUCACGUGUCAAUGAAAUCCCUCCCUUAUUUUUCAAUCCCCUGGACACAAAUGGCAUUUUUGAUAUGAUGAUGAAUUGAAGGUCGACAAGAAUAACACAUGAAUCUCUCAUCACUCGCGAAGAUCGGACGUGUGCCUUGUAUCAUACAUUAACUCAAAUUCUUCUCCACUAAUUGAUGAUAUCUGUGUACAUAUAUUGAGUGGUCAACUCGUUAAAAUGAUUAAUUGAAUCCAAUAAACGUCAUCCUACUGAUUA